AUGGAUCCGCGAUUCAAUCCUCAAUGCCUGGAGGAUUACAGGAAAGAUUCUCUCCUUUACAAGGCCCAUUCAGCGGCGAUUUGGGCGAAUGGCGGCUGGAAGGUUAUCCAGCAAGAGGGCUUUCACUCUGCCUGCAUGGAUGGCGGCGGACGAUUCUACUUCACCAUGUUGGGGUCGACCUAUCUUCGUGCAGACCUGGGUGUCUGUGUGCCGCCUUCCUGCACAGAGGAUGACAUCACCUGGCGCGUGUUUCCACUUAUCUUCAGGCAGUAUUUCGACUUUGGUGAGCAACAUGACCUGCAGUUCGCGGUGCACUAUCUUCCGUACGAGCCGCUGUCUUGGGCGUUCAUCGACGGGCUGCCGGGUGAGGUCUUUUGGAGUCUCGUGGCUUUGGCCGCUCUCGCGGUCGUGGGUUGCCGGCCCUCAUCUUGCGCAGAGACUUCAGAGGGCACCGGCGCUGCUCGGGUCGCGCUCUGGCUUCUGGUGGUCGCAGUGGCAGCCCGUGAGGUGAUGCUCUACACUCGCUGGAACAUGUACGACUGGUUCCAGCGGAACUGGGCCCCGUUCGAGGCAGUUGCCGGCAUCGGCACAUUUGCCCUGGAGGCCUUCCUCGCCUUUCCGCUCCUUUGCCUCAUGCGCCGUGCGGCGGCAGAGAGUCGCCUUGGCCAGGCCUGGCACUCCCCUGGGCCUUGUCUCCGGCGCCUCCGGGAUUUGGCAGCCGCCGCCCUGGCCUUCGGCGUUCUGACGCGCGGCGCCUCGAGGCUCACUGUGAAUCGAUUCUCCUCGGGGAGGUGGAUCGAGGGUUGGCUGCACUGCAUGAACUCCUGCGCCGAGCCAGAUCUUCAAGUCUUUCUCAGCGGUGCGGACCGCUGCCGCUUCUUCGCGACCUUGCGUGCCAGCGCGCUGCGCGCCGCCCUGGCAGCGCCCUGCGCCCUUCUGGCCACCCUGAGCCCGGCUGUGGCUGUGUCACUGUCAUUCGUGGCCGCGGCAGCGUGCCAAGACUUUGAUGCCGACGUCCGCCGCGCCCUGCUUUCGGUUGCCAGUGCCGCGUUUGCCGCCUUUGCGGCCGACGCCCCCAAGAGGUGGCUCAAAGUAGCUGCUUUCCUCGUCCUGGGCACAGCAGCCGCCCUCGUGGGCGCGCGUCAUGAAUUUUGGGACCAGCUGCCGCUAGCGCUGACGGCCCUGGUGGUCCCCUUGCUUGCUUCGCUGCUACCGGGCAGUGGCGGCUCCUCCCUGACUGCCAUGGACCUCGCGCUUCCAGCCAUGCCUUUGGUGCUCUAUGUGGUUGAGGGUUAUGUCGAACCUCAUGCCAAGGACCUUACUGGUUCUGACUUCCUGGCACGUUGUUUGGGACUCUUGAGCUACUCAUUCGCCACCGCCGCAGCGGUUUCUGCCGCUGUGCUGGGGCUGUGGCAGGUCCCAUGUCUUCCUGGCGAGCUCUGGGCGCUGAUGCAGCUACCCACUCGCUUAGCAGAUGCUGAGGCCGCGUUGGCCGAAGAAAGAGCAAAGUGGAGUCUGUGGCCAUCGAGCGACUCCGACGUUCGGGGUCGCCAGACCAACACACGCGGAUCUGGGCUGUGGGCCUUGCUGUUGCUGGAGGCUGCCGUUGCCAUCCGUUGCCCACCUAUGUUGAUCAUUGCAGCAGCUGUUUGUGAUGGCUUGGAUGGCCACGCAAAGACAUCAGGCAAGAAGAACGAAGUGGGGCGAGCCUUGUCCGACCCGAGUCAGGCUGCCAAGGCUGAGAGAGACUUCGCCCGGCGCCUGCAGCAAUCGAAUCAGAAGGAAGCCUCCCUGGCCUCAAGUGGUGUCGCGGAGGCCGUCGAUGAUGAUGACGAUGAGGUGACAGUUGUGGGGUCCAAGAGCUACUUGGACGACCUCUCAGCAGAGGAGCUGCAGGAGCGACUGGCGGUCACCAGUGCCCAGCUCAAGGAGAGUCUUCUUGAGGAAUGGACAGAGAGCCAUGCGCAUGAUGCGGAAGGAGCCUCGCACCUGGUUGCUUUCUGGCGACUCUCAUGCAGAUUGGGAACUGCUGCAUCUGAUACCGUUGCUGCAGAGAUAUCUUUGGAGCGUGCCAGUUUGUUUGAGAAAGGUGACUUGGUGAAUUUUGGGGUGGCUCCCGCGAUCGUGAUGUACGCCUGGGCAGACCAGGGCUUCAGAUCUUCCGACUUCGAUGCACUAAUCUUUCAGCGCUGA